AUGGCUCAUGACCGAUAUGAGGCUAUAUGUAACCCACUGCAUUAUAUGAGGAUUAUGAACAAAUAUGUCUGCAGUCAGCUAGUGAUUGGUGCAUGGAUUGUGGGGUUUAUAUAUGCAUUGAUAAACACUCUUCCCUUAUUAAAUGCACAUUUCUGUGGGACCAACAAAAUCAACCAUUUCAGCUGUGAGCCUCCUCCAGUAUUAGACCUAUCCUGCUCUGACACCUUCACCAAUAAACUGUUGCUUCAUACCUCUGCAAUGUUGGUAGGACUCAUCACCUUCUCUUUUAACCUAGUCUCCUACAUUCACAUCAUCUCCACCAUCCUGAGGAUACGCUCUGCGGAGGGCAGGCGUAAAGCCUUCUCCACCUGCAGCUCCCACCUGAUUGUUGUUGUUUUAUUCUACAGCACUGGGUUGUUCAGGUAUCUGAGACCCAACUCAGCAUCCUUGGAGGUUUUGGACAGACUGUUUUCCAUCCAGUACAGCAUCUUAACGCCCAUGUUAAACCCCAUCAUCUACAGCCUGAAAAACAGGGAAGUGCAGGCAGCUCUGGGGAAAAUAUUAGGGAAAUUCAGAUUCCUCAAGUAA